CUGUGUUGUGUUUGGCCCACAGUGGGUUUUAAAAAAAAUAACCGAAAUAAAUGCCAGUGCCAACAUAAAAAAACCACAGGAGUUCACACAACCUGGAUGCCCUGCUUGCCUUGAAAACUCCAAACCCCUGGCCCCAUUGGGGCCACACACUCUCACAGCCCUCUGGGGUCCAGGUGCAGUCACCCCCCUGGGACUGGGUACCUAUUCUGUCUCAUUGCUCCACCCUGCUGGCUGAGUUUGCCCCCAUACACUAGAAUUUGCCCUCUCCUGGAGGGGGCUGACUUCCCUGGUGACAGCUGUGCUGUGGAAUUGAAUCAAGGGUGAGGUUGGUUACAGACCCCAACCCAACGUGCUUCUCCCACUUUCAUUCAGGAUGUGGGACCUCGGCGGCUCUUCUCCCACCCACGGGAGCCAACCCUCAGGCCUCAUGGACCCAGCCGACACAAAAUGUCCCCCCCACCCAGUGGCUUUGGCGAGCGGGGUGGCGGAGGUGGCGGUGGGCCCCUCUCCCACUUCUAUUCGGGCUCACCCACUUCCUACUUCACCAGCGGCCUGCAGGCUGGCCUCAAGCAGAGCCACCUUAACAAGGCGGUUGGCUCCUCCCCACUGGGCUCUGGAGAAGGGCUCCUGGGCCUCGGCCCUGGGCCCAAUGGCCACAGCCACUUGCUGAAGACCCCACUGGGUGGCCAGAAACGCAGCUUCGCCCACCUGCUGCCCUCACCCGAGCCUAGCCCAGAAGGCAGCUAUGUGGGCCAGCACUCCCAGGGCCUUGGAGGCCACUACGCAGAUUCCUACCUGAAGCGCAAGAGGAUUUUCUAAGGGGCCAGUGCUGGAGAUGCUCAAGGGCCUGCACCAAAUCGCUUUUGGGUUUUCUGGUGUUUUGUCUUGUGUUAUUUUUCUUUUUUUUUUUUUCCUUUCGGUAAUAGAAAAAUUUCUGAAAGACUUUGCUGACCAACCAGCAGGAGCCCAAGGAAUGUAGGGGCGUCUGGGAGCCACUCUGCACCUCUGGCCUGCUCCCAGUGUGGAAACCCUGCAGCCUUAAGAGGGAGAGGCCAUGGCCUGCUCUCUCUCCCCACCCCUGUGUCCGCCUGUGUUCGUCUCUCUGGGAGUCCUCUCCUGCCUCGUCGCUCCUGUAUCUUGGCCUUUCGAGUGCCUUGGAGGUUUCCCUGACCUCCCGUGAGGAUCAGAGACUGUCCCCCUUUUUUAACUUUGACAGUUGACUUUGGUUUCCUUUUCUAAUUUUUAUUAUUUUUUAAACAAUCCAGGACGACCCCCAGCUCUGAUUCCUUCAAGGCCCAGUGUGUCUGGGCCUCCAUUCCACACUUUUUGGUUUGAAAUGGCUCAGCCCUUUUUUCUUUUUCCCACAACUGCUGCAGGCAUGGCUGUCUCCUGCCCCCGCCUGCCCUCUCUGAGCUGUACUCCAGGUCCGGGUCCCCCGCCCCCUACCACAGCCCCCUUGCCUUCUGAUGCCUUAAAAGCCAGGCUCCAGGCCCCAGGCCCCGCUGGCCAGAGCCUCUCAGAUGCUGAGCUCUGGAAGCUUGACUCAGGACCAAAUGGCUCUGACCUGGGGAUUGGGCCCCUCUACCCUCGGUCCCCCAUCGUGGGGACAGUAGAAGGCCAAAGCCUUGGUCUUGGCAAACCAGUCCCACCAGCCCUCCUGCUCAGGCUUAGGUGCAGGGAUGGGCUUUCUCUGCCAGCUUAAAUUGGUCCCCCUGCUGUCCGUCUGUCAGGCAUUGUGCAUCUCACUGAGCCUCUGCUGUCUCCUCCAUGUUGAAGAUGAGCUCCGCCUCUUCAUCCCCAGGCCAGUUCACCCGGAGCUGGCCUCCCUUUGGCCCAGUGCUAGAAAAUUCAACAACAUGCCAAUAAGCUCUGCCCCUGCCCACCAGCAGGACAUGUCAGCCUGAGGUGACCUUGGGCCCUGGUCCUGGCCGGCUGGGCCACCAGCUUCCCUCCCCUGACUCUGGGGGUCCACAUCCACUCCGGGGGGCGGGGGUGUCCGCUCUCCAGUCUUCUCACACAGACCUUUGCUGAAUUAAAGUUUGUAAGUAAAUGGUUUUAAAGAAAGCAGACCUGGCUGGUUCUUGGGAUAACAGUGGGCCUGGUGGGAGGUCUGGGAAAGCCCUGCAGGUCUUGGUGCAGCCGAGCCUGCCCGGCUCCUCACUCUGGCAGCCUCCUCCCGGACUCACCUCUGUCGCACGACCCCAACGCAAAAAUGUUGGCGCUUAUAUUCGGGCAAUUACGGGCUCUUCUCUCUCGUGUGCGCCGCGGCGCAUGCUUAGUUUCCGGGUCACAUGAUGCCUGUCAUGGCCGCCUCUGUGGCCUGGGGAGGCGUGAAUGCUGGGUUCCUGCGGCGGGCGGCCAGGGGUGCCUGGUGGUGCCGAACCGGGGGCUUUUGGGGGUCCGGGGAGGCGGCGGCGCCUGCGAUAACCAAGAAAUUCCGGGCGACAGGCUCGCGCCCGGCGGGGGAGGAAGAAGCCGGCGGCCCCGAGCGGCCCGGGGACGUGGUGAACGUGGUGUUCGUAGACCGGUCAGGCCAACGGAUUCCGGUGAGCGGCAGAGUCGGGGACAAUGUUCUCUACCUGGCCCAGCGCCAUGGGGUGGAUCUGGAAGCCACACUGGCUUUCUUGCUCUUUUUCAAACAGCCCAGUUCAUGGCUGCCUCAAGGCCUUUGCAUUUGCCGUUCCAUCAGAAGUGCUUUCCCACCAGAUCUUCUGGCUCCUUCUCAUCCUUCAGGUCCCGAUGGGCCUGUGAAGCCUCCCUGGCGUGCUCCACCUGCCACGUGUAUGUGAGCGAGGACCACCUGGACCUUCUGCCUCCUCCUGACGAGAGGGAGGACGACAUGCUGGACAUGGCCCCCCUCCUCCAAGAGAACUCCCGGCUGGGCUGCCAGAUUGUGCUGACACCUGAGCUGGAAGGGGCUGAAUUCACCCUGCCCAAGAUCACCAGGAACUUCUAUGUGGACGGCCACGUCCCCAAGCCCCACUGACACAGGCAGCUGGAUGGUCCCAGACACUCACGGCCCCAGGGCCAGGACUGGAGGAAUAGCCAAGUUGCCAGCCCCGCCCAGAGCACGGGACAGGCCCGGGAGAGAUGGCGGAAGCAACCGGAAGGCCAGAACCCCUGCUUCAGAGAGAUCCCACGUCCAGGCUCUGGUGGGGACAGGGCCCCUGUUGGGGCAGCCUCCCCCAAACCCCUGAGAAUGGGGCUGUGGAUAGGGGUGGAAUCUAAUCGGAGAGAUAAUAAAACCGUCUCACAGA